UGUUUUUCAUUAUUUAGACUAAAUUCAGAGGAUUUUCGUAAUUUACCCAAUAAUCAAUCAACCCAAAUUUGAAAUCCAGUCAACGAAGGCAAUAUAUAAAUGAGUAUGCCGACAAACCAAGUCAAUGAAUUUGAGUUGCAGAAAUAAAGAGCAAGUGGUGCUGAAAACAUAGGAGCAAACGCAUAAGAGCCACACAUCGCGCACAAAUUUAUCUGGAAGAGUGAAAUACUUGAACUCUUCUUGUUAUUAGAAAUCACAAAGUGUUUUUACAUGUUAGUGUAUGAAAAUCUGAAGAAUUAAAGAGUGCGUAUUGGUCGAUGGCUGCAGCUUACGCGGCGUUAGUUUCUCUCACUCAUACUCUUGAUCAGAUCCUCAGUCCACCUCCUCAUCACCAUUUCAUUAAUUUUGAUCGAGAUCAGAUUAAUUUUCUACGAGAAAAAGCCGAUUUCUUGAUUGAUUAUUUUCUCGAAAAUCAUUCGAACACUGGAGGAGAUCACAAAGAGAUUGAAGAUUUGGAGACGAGGAUCAGGGUUGCAGCUGAAGGAGCAGAGUAUAUCAUCGAAGACAAUGUGAUGAAUCAAAUUCUUGCAGCGGGAUCUGAAGUCGACAGAUCAGUAGAAACCUCAACAUCCAAUAAUCUCUUGUCUGAAGGUGUACGAACAGCAAUACAACAGUUCCAUUCUAUCGAGGAAGAGCUGGUGAAAAUAAAGAAAUAUGUGCAAGCUAAAAUUUCCAUAACAACGGAAGCUGCUUCGUCAUCGAGGCCUCUUCUUCCUAUUGGCGAAAACACCAUGGUGGGGUUCGACGACCACUUGAUUCAAAUAAUGGGCGCUCUCUCCACCGACGAAUCUAAUCUUCGAGUCAUCUCUAUUGUUGGAAUGGGAGGCAUAGGUAAGACUACUCUUGCCACUCAUGUCUAUAACAAACCUUUUAUCGUGCAACACUUUCAUGUUUGUGUUUGGUUUACGGUCUCCCAAGAAUAUACCGAAAAGGAGAUUCUUCUAGGCCUUUUGCGUCAGAUUAAUAAUACAAAUCGAGAUGAACAGAAGACAGGUGAUGAUGAUGAUGAUUACGAUGAUGAUGAUGAUCAACUCGGAAAUAAAUUGCACAAAACUCUGUUUGGGAGGAAGUAUUUGAUAGUGAUGGAUGACAUCUGGGAUAUCAAGGUGUGGGAGAUGAUAAACAGGUUCCUUCCAGACAAUAAUAAUGGGAGUCGAAUCAUGGUAACUACUAGGCUAUUGAGGUUGGCUAUGGAUAUUGGGUCUUGUAGCCCUUAUCAACUGAAUUUGCUAGAUGAAGAACAGAGUUGGGAUCUACUCUCCCAAAAGAUAUAUGCAGAAAAGCGUUGCCCCGUUGAAUUGGAGGAAAUUGGAAGAAGUAUUGCUAAAAAAUGCAGAGGUCUUCCUUUGGCCCUUAUUGUGAUUGCUGGUGUUCUUGCAAAGUCGAAAACAGAAAAUUGGAAGUAUGUCGAAGAAGAUGUAACUUCAGCAGUACGCAAUCAAGGUGACGAUUUCUGCAUGAAGAUAUUAUCAUUGAGUUAUAAUCACUUGCCUAUAUAUCUCAAGCCUUGUUUCCUUUACUUCGCCGCAUUUCCAGAAGAUUUUGAUAUCCAAGUGUCGAGGCUCAUCAGGUUGUGGGUUGCUGAAGGAUUUAUAAGGAAAUGUGAGCAUAAAAGCUUAGAAGAAAUUGGAGAGGAGUACUUGAAGAAUCUUAUUGAGAGAAAUCUCAUUUUGGUCGAUAAGCUAGAGCUUACUGGAGAAGUGAAGACAUGCCACAUUCACGACCUUUUAAGUGACCUAUGCCGGAUAGAAGCUCAGAAAGACAAUUUUAUUCUCACGGGAAAACUGUAUAACCACCUCGAUACGUUACCAAAUACGGAGACCAGACCUACACGCCUGAGCAUUAAUGGUGGCAAAUGGAAAGGGAUGAAACGUACGCCCUAUAGACCACCUACACGGUCUUUCUUAAGCUUCUCUUCUCGGGAUUCAACUGAUUACACUGCUCGUCGGUUUCCGUUACUACGUGUAUUGGAUGUGGUAGAAAAAUGUCCCAAAGAUGAGAUUCUACAAUUAAUGAACUCAAGAUAUGUUUCUUGCACGGGUUCGAUCUCUAUGUCGUCUUCUAUAUUAUCCCGACUUUGGAGUCUACAAACCUUAGUCGUUGUUGAUAGAGAGUUGGUUCUACCAAGUGAGAUAUGGCAGAUGCCCCAACUUCGACAUGUUGAGGGAGAUAGUAUUAUUCUUCCCGAUCCUCCACCUCCAGAUGAUGUCCACAAAAUUAUACUUCUUGAGAAUCUACAAACACUUUCUACAGUAGAAGAUUUCAAAUGCACUGAAGCGGUAAUGAAAAGAAUCCCAAAUCUGAAGAAGUUGGAAAUUAUAUGCGGGACAAUAGGAUCUAAUCGUUUAAGCAAUCUUGGACUUCUCCACAAACUCGAACAACUUAGCAUGUUAUGUUGUCCUUGUGGUGGAGAAAUUGUCUUCCCAAAUUCACUUAAAGAGCUGAGAUUACAUGGAUGCAAGAUUCCUUGGGAAGAAAUGUCAGUUAUUGGUUCGCUGCCCAACCUUCAAGUUCUCGUUCUUUUCAAAAAUGCCGCUAUAGGACAAAAGUGGAUUCCAAAUGAAGGGGAAUUCGCUCGACUGAAGUAUCUAUGGAUUCAUCAGUGUGAGUUGGAGAUAUGGGAAGCAGACAAUACACAUUUCCCAUGUCUUGAGAUUCUACGUCUUGGAUACCUAAACCUCAAGGAGAUCCCGUCAGAAUUUGCUGAAAUAUUACCACUUCAAAAAAUUCGCGUAGAUUACAAUAGAAACAAUGAUCUUAUUUUGGCAUCUGCAAAUGAAAUAUCAGAGCAACGAGAGAACCUAGGAUACGAUGGCAUUCAAGUUCUAAAUAGAGCAUUUGGAGUGCUCAGAAUUUUGGUGAAGAGAGGUAUUAAUCUUGCUGUUGGUGGCGACGGCCGCAUCGGAGAUCCUUAUGUUGUUAUCACGAUUGGCAACCAGAGGGUGGAGACUCAUGUUGUGGCGAAUGAUAUUAAUCCUGAAUGGGAUGAUGAUCUCACAAUUUGGAAUCCGAAUCAAACUCAUCCGAUUUCUCUGAGAGUGUUUGUCCUGAACAAGUUGAGAAACGUGGAUGAAAAGAUUGGAGAAGCAGAGUUUGAUAUUGGACCAUUGGUAGAAGCCGCGAACAUGUAUCCAAAUGGCCUUCCAAACGGUACAAUAAUCACAAGAAUAUUGCCUUCAAGCUCCAAUUGUCUUGCUAAAGAAAGUUUCAUUAUUUGGAUAAACGGGAUAGUAUUGCUUGACAUGCGCCUGACACUGAAAAAUAUCGAUCGUGGGGAAAUCGAACUCCGAAUCGGGUGGGUUUUUUAAUGGAAGGAGAUAUAAAACAACUAGACAAUAAAGCAACAUCAUUUGCCCUAGGAACAAGCAGUACAUUAAGAGUGCAGAUGGACUAUAAAGAAACCUAUUACACUUCAACUUUUGGGUAUAUUGUUAAUAAAAUCGUUCUUACUAGUGGUUUCAUGUCCAAAUUAUUGUGAGUUAUUUUGAACUUCAGAAUAAGAAGAUAUUU